AUGGAAGAUCCGGCGACUCUUGUACUUAAGAAAGAGCUCAAAAAGUUCAACGAAAAUCCGUCGCAAUAUUUCUCCGUAGGUCUGGUCAACGAGGAAGACAUCUUCGUAUGGGAAGUGACUAUCUUUGGCCUCAGAGGUACCCCAUACGAGGGCGGGCUGUUUAGGGCGCACCUUACGUUCCCCAAAGACUUUCCCAUAAGUCCGCCUAAAAUGCGAUUCUUGAGCGAUAUAUGGCAUCCAAACAUCUUUCCCGAUGGACGGGAUUACAGUGGUUGGCGACCUAUAUUGAGUGUUGAGACGAUUGUAUUAUCAGUGCUAUCGAUGCUGUCUGAGUCCUAUACCGAUGCGGUGGCCAAUCCUAACGCUGCGCAAUAA